AUCCAAAGAUCAUAAAUAUUUCAUGAUCAUUUUCAUGAAAUUUUUUUCAUAAUCCCUAACUUUUCUCUUAUAUAAUAUCAUGAAUAAACAAUAAGUUUGCAUGUUUGGUGUAAUUGAGAUCAUCGAAUGAUGGUUUUUCCACUCACUUUCAUCUGUAUUUUCACUCUUCUUCUCUCCCUCUUCACCAAACUCUCCGUGGCAAUCGACACCCUAUCUCCAGACGAAACACGCACCGACAACGGUGAACUGCUUGUCUCCUCUGGCGAAGCGUUCGAAUUAGGCUUCUUCAGUCCACCAUAUUCCAACAAUCGCUAUCUCGGAAUAUGGUUUAAGAAUGUCCCAAUACGAACACCCAUUUGGGUGGCAAACAAAAACAACCCAAUAUCAGAUUCAUCAGGCCUCCUCACAAUCACCGCCACCGGCAACAUCAUCAUCACCACUAACACCACCACCAACCAAACAACCACCGUUUGGUCUUCCUCAAAUUCAUCGCCACCAACACCACCAAACAACCCAAUUUUGCAGCUGCUAGACUCUGGCAACCUUGUGGUGAAAAAUGGUGGCGGCGAUUAUCUGUGGCAAAGUUUUGAUUACCCAUGCGAUACAUUAGUACCUGGUAUGAAGCUCGGAUGGAACUUGAGAACCAAUCAAGAAUGGUUCUUAACAUCGUGGAAAACCUUGCAAGAUCCAUCUUCUGGCGACUAUACGUACAAACUAGACCGUCGUGGCCUCCCACAAAUAGUCCUUUACCAAGGAUCAACAGUGAACUAUCGAGGCGGUUCUUGGGACGGUGUUGGCUUCGGUGGAGACCCUCCUCUACCCACAAAGGCCGUGGUCGAUAACAUCUUCAUCAUCAACGCAAUCGAUGUUUACUACACCUUUAAGAACAGGGAUGAUACUGCUAUUUCAAGGUUUGUAGUGAACCAGACAGGCUCGCUUCAGCUCCUCACAUGGAAUGAAAGGCUUGGCGAAUGGUUCAAUUUAAUUACAAUGCAACGCGAUGCUUGUGAUGUCUAUGCAACGUGUGGCCCUUACGGUUUAUGUCGCUUCGAUGUUUUAGCUGCUUGUAACUGCCCAAAUGGGUUCAUACCCAGAUUGCAACAGGAGUGGGACAGGGGUGAUUGGUCAGGUGGGUGCGUGCGGAGGACACCAAUGAAUUGCAGUGCCCCUCAGGGAUUCAGAAAAUUGCCAGGGCUGAAAUUGCCAGAAUCAUCGUAUUUCUUAGUGGAUAUGACCAAGAUGAGUCUGGUCGACUGCAAAGAGGCUUGUUUAAGAAAUUGUACUUGUGUUGCUUUUUCACUAACUAGUGUGAGUGGUUGCGUGGUAUGGUUUGGAGAGUUGCUUGAUAUGAAAGAGUUUAGUGAACAUGGACAAGAUUUGUAUAUUCGGAUGGCUGCUUCUGAUCUUGGUAAGUGUUUUCCAUAUAGUACAAUGACGAGAACAAAAACUCAAUACCAAUAUCGUAUUUUUCCACUUAAGGGAUCCAAUAAAAAGAACAAACGAACUGCAAUGAUCACAUCAAUAACAGUCAUUUCAGGGGUUCUUGUCUUGAGUUUAAUCAGCUGGUAUUUUUUGAAGGAGCUUCACUUGAGAAGAGCUCGGAGAUUGGAUAAGAGAAACCAAAAGGUUCAAGACAACAACCAAAGAAUUGUGGAGGAGGAGGACUUAGCAUUACUUUUAUUUGAUUUGGCUACCGUUUCUAGUGCCACUAACAACUUCUCCUUAACAAAUAAGAUUGGAGAAGGUGGUUUUGGUCCUGUUUACAGGGGUGAACUCACAACUGGAAAAGAAAUAGCAGUGAAGAGACUCUCCAAAACUUCAGGGCAAGGCUUCACAGAGUUCAAGAAUGAGGUCAUCUUAAUUUCAAAGCUACAACAUCGAAAUCUAGUUAGACUUUUGGGAUGUUGCAUUCAUGAAGAGGAGAGGAUGUUGAUCUAUGAGUACAUGCCAAACAAAAGUUUAGACACAUUCAUCUUUAAUCGAACAAGAGGUAUAUCACUUGAUUGGAAAAAGCGCAUUGACAUAAUAGUGGGAAUUGCUCGAGGACUUCUCUAUCUUCAUCGAGAUUCAGGAUUGAGAGUAAUUCAUAGGGAUUUGAAAGCAGGAAACAUUUUGUUGGACAAUGAGAUGAAUCCUAAAAUUGCAGACUUUGGGUUAGCAAGAUCGUUUGGUGGUGAUCAAUUUGAAGAAAAUACAAAUAGGGUUAUUGGGACUUAUGGCUAUAUGUCUCCUGAAUAUGCAAUAAAUGGACAUUUUUCAAUGAAAUCCGAUGUUUUUAGCUUUGGUGUAAUGGUUUUAGAGAUUGUGAGUGGCAAGAAGAAUAGAGGAUUCUAUGAUCCUGAUCAUGACCUUAACCUUUUGGGACAUGUGAGUUCAAAAUUUAAUGUUACGAAUUGUAUGAGGUUAGAAUUUGUUUUAUGGUGUGAAUCAAAUUAUGAAUUGUUUUUUGAUGUAGGCUUGGAAGUUAUGGAACGAAGGAAAUCCCAUAAAACUAUUUGAUGUUUUCAUGGAGGAUCCAGUUCCCACAUCAGAAGUGUUUAGAUGUAUCCAAGUAGCUCUUUUGUGUGUGCAACAACGUCCUGAAGAUAGACCGACAAUGUCAUCUGUUCUAUUAAUGUUGGAUAGUGAGAACCCAGUGUUGCCCAUGCCUAAACAACCCGGCUUUUACUCUGAAAGCCAGCUUUCAUCAACUGGGAAACAUCAUUGUACAACAAAUGAAGUAACCAUUACAAUGCUACGUGGUAGAUAGAAUUGUUGUUCUAAUCUUUGUAAAAAAAUAUUUUCAUAGCUUGUAUUGCUUUGUAAAUGUAAAAUGUCAUCUAUCAAACUCGUAAAUUUGUAAUUUGUUUGGGGAAAAGAAAAAGAAAAUAAAUUAAUUUUAUUACAUGAUUUUAAUUAUGCAAUGAAAACGUUAUUGUCAUUUUAGUGAAAUCAUUUGGGAUAAUAUUAAUCAUAUAAACACUUGGCUUCAUACCUACCUCUUGCUCUGUUAGUGACUUCAAAAUUUUAUUUUAUUUAUUUAUUUAGUUUUUUUUUUGGGAGUCUUUCUUGUAUUUUACUAAUUGCUUAUUGUAAUUAUGAAAUUGAUGCUCUUUACGUCAAGUCCCCUACUGCUAAUCUUUGGUUAAAGGAGAAACUAAGGUGUUAAAAAAAGGAUAAAUUAUCACUUUUUAUUCUUAUAGUUUGGCCCAAUUAUCAUUUUGAUUCAUUUUAUUUCAAUUUCAAUAAUUUAGUGCCGACAUUUUUAAGUUUUGAUUGGUCAUUCCAAUAUGAAAAAGAUUGAACACUUGAGUUUGCUUAGUUAUAAGUUAAUAGGGGUGUAAAUCUGGCCCGACCCGGCCCAUGUCGGGCCUCGCGGGCUCCCUCCAAAAUUUGGGUCGGGUCGGUCACGGGCCAAAAAAAUAGACCCAUGGGUAUUCGGGUCUUGGGCGCGCUAGAGGGUUGGGCCUCUGGGCAGCCUGGUGGGCCUAGGUCUGGCCUCGGGCUUGGGUCGAGCUUAGGUAGGCCUGACCAUCUCUUUUUGUUUUUUUAAAUUUUUUCUACCAAAAUUUUAUUAUUUUAAACUAGAAAAACACUGGGCCUCGGGUGAGUCGAGGGGCCGAGCCUUGAGCCCGGCCUUGAGUGGGCUUUAAACGAGCCGAUUAGGCC